AUGGAUGUUCAGACAUGGUAUUUGAAAACUUCAAAGCUGGCCCUGGCUUUGGCGAUCAUCCACUCAAAACCUGCAGACAGAAGCAGCAGAGAAUAUACAGAGCACCUUGCCACCUUGGUGGCCCAGAAGGAGCCCAAAUGCCAAUCAAAAGUUGAAGCUCUAGAAGCUGAAGUUCUACAAUUACGUCAACAACUUUUCCUGAGUAGGAUUUCCUCAGGGUUGUUUAAGAAUGGACAUGAUGUGUUCCCUGCUGUGUUGCCAGAUCAGGAGCCUACAAGUUCUGAAAAUACGUUGGCUUUGAUGGAUGAUUCUGGAUGUGUUUUAUCAAACGAGCAGAGAAGUGAACCUGCAGAGCUGUCCCAGCAUUGGUUGGAGAGCUGCAGUCCCCCAUCCCUUCUACCACUGCCUCUUGAGAACAAGCCAUACCCCGCCCUGGACAAUCCUCCGUCUUCACACAUGCAGUUCUUGCAACAUCUGCUUGAACUCAAGAAACUGACAGAAUCCAGUAGUCUGAAAAUAUACUUAGCUCACUUUGAAAAAGACUCUUCUAUAGUUUCUGAGUCUGUUUUGAAGUUGUUAGAUGGCCUGAUAACCUUUUACCGUAACCCCAAACUCCCUUCCUCAAGCUUUUGGACUCAAGCUGUUGGUACAUUAGCUAGACUGGCGAGUGAUUUUAAUUUAUCUAAUCAUAUUCUUAAGAAAUGUUCUAAGAAGUUGGAAGAAUUUGAGAAAACUCUCCUUCAGGCUAUUAUAGGGAACAGCAGUAUAAACCGGUUCCAGGUGCAGCAUUAUGUCUCUCAGAGUCUAGUAACCCUAGGAAGUUGCAGCGUGUUGAGGAAGUCUAUCAUAUUGUUACUACUAUCAGAAGUGAACAGCUUUGUGGACCACUUGGGAGCCAUCAAUCAGGAUCAAGGCAGUUAUGAUGUGACACGCUAUGAAAAUAUUUUCUCCCUAUUCUGGAUUCUGGAGCAACUUCUUCAACAGGAAAUCCAGGGAGAUCCCGCUUUACACAUUGAUCACAGCAGCCCGGAAAUCCAAACAUUUCUUCAGAAGCAUGAUGAAACCAUCUUCCGACUUUCAGAUGCUUUUCCUUUAUUUACUUUUUACUUGUGGAGACUGGGCAUUCUCUUGAACUCAGCAGAGAUGGAGACUGUUGAGAAGGAAUCAUUUCCUUAGCAGUCUAACAUAUAUCAGAAAAUGGUGUGUUUAAAGUUUUUCAAAGGUAUUUUUAAAUGAGUAAUUUAAAUUGAUUAACCAACCUAAUCAUUAACUCAAUUUAGUGAUAAGACUUCUGCAUAGGAAAUGAUGAAUCACUGUUUUACAUUCCAAUCAGGAAUUUCAGUUGACAAUGCCCGUUAGGUUCAUGUAUUGCAUCUACUUCACUCAAUAGUCUAGCUCUGUUUUCUAAAAUGGACCAACCAUUGUCUCAUAAAGUAUAGUAAAUUGUGAAAGAUUUCCAGCUGAUAUAAAUCUACAAAUUGUAAUGAAAUACACAUUAAACUUCUGUCAUUUAACGCACAAAUAUAAGAUUUAAGUAAAUGGUGAAAAUCAAAUUUAUUAUAUAGUUGUAUUGAUGUCAUUAUCCUCCUGAAUUAUAGUUCAGUAGAAGGAGAAAAGGCUUUGGAAACCAGUGUUUUUUUUUUAAUUUUACAUAAUCAACAUGUUUGUUAAGUAUUUUUGAACUGUUAAUUAGUUCUUUAAAAUAUCUGUUUUUAAAACAAAUUUUCUGUUGAUUAAAAACAUUAUUGCUCCUAUGAUUGUUAAAAUGUAGUAUGAAUUUUAUUAAGUCAUUAAGGAUGCUUUUAUAAAUUUUAAUAUCCCCCAAGAAAUACACUUUAUUCUUAUUAAAAGUACUGGGUUGAAUUUUUCCAUCACACAAUUUCCUUUACUUCAUUUCAGUUAUUAGAAUUAUAACAGACAAGCUUAAUGAGCACACAUUUUGUACUUUCCUAUUGUGCAAUUUAAAGAAAAUAUAAUGUAAUUUUCUUUCCGUUGUUAAUUAUGUGUGAUUCUGUUUUAUAAGUUAAUUAUCA